AUGAAAGAAAAAAUACUCAAUUUUUCCAGCAAAACAGGCUCUCCUGGUCCCAUUGGACGUCCAGGACUGAUGGGUGUGCCUGGUCUGCCAGGACCAAGAGGUCCACCGGGACCUCCAGGUCAAGAUGCUGUAUGCAAAGAAUGUUUAGUUAGUGAAGAGUUCCUCAUGCAGAAAACUAUAGCUUGUCCCAAGGUUGAAGAAGUGAAGUGCUCAGAAAAGACAUCAGUGGAUAAUAUGAUCGGUCCGAAGCUUAUUGAUCGAGCUUUGCCUUCCUUUGUAGCGCAGAUGGUAUACAACAAUUCUGACCUGGAGACAUGCUUGAAAGUUUGCAUGGGCAAUCUAACAGCUGAAAUGGAGCAAGAAAUUGAAACGUCAACGGAAUCUGCCUAUAUACAAGGAGCAACUGCAAGU